AUGAGCGCCGACGAGGCCCCCGACGUGGAGGUGUCGGUGGUGAGCAGCCCCGAGACGAGCCGCUGCUCCAGCCCCGCCCCCGCCUCGCCGCCCACCAAGUCGCCGCUCUACACGUCCUUCUCCAUCUCGAGCAUCCUGGGGCGCGCCGGCCCCCAGCGCAGGCCGCCGCCGCCGCCGGAGGCCGGGCCCUGCGCCGACCCCGCCAUGCUGUCCAGGCUGGGCCUGAUGAGCCAGCUGGGGGCCUUCGCCGCCGGCCGCAGUCCCUUCCUGGCCGUGUACCCGCCCUCGGCCGACAAGCCGUGCCCGUGGUACGCCUGGGCCGCGUCGCGCGCCCACCUGCCAGACCUCGCCGAGAGGGCCAGCCCCGCAGGUGGGAGGGCGAAGGGCAAGUCGCGACACCUGAAGGUCGCUGACUCGCCCUUCGAGGCCCGCCUCGUCAGGGGUGCCCCCGUCUACCCGGGCACACGCGGCUCGACGACCACCAACGAGGAGACCUCGCCCCCCGGGUCGCCGCGCGCCGUGUCUCUCGACCAGCGCCGAGGCAGCCCCGCCUCCUCGGAGGACAACCAGUACGGGGGCGGCAGCCCGCCGCCCAGCCCCCGGAGGCCGCCGCCGCCGCCGCACCACCUGGCGAGCCUGCUGGCACCGCACCACCCGGCGUUCCUGCACCUCGCCAAGUCGCCCAGUCGCCAGGAGCCCGAGGACGACUCGCACGACGACGACGACUACGACAAGGACGCGAAGAAGGACGGCGGCGGCAGCUCCGGCGGCGGCUCCGGGGGCAACUCCGGGGGCGGUGGUGGCGGCGGCAGCAACAGCUCCAAGCGCAAGAAGAAGACGCGCACCGUCUUCUCCCGCAGCCAGGUGUUCCAGCUCGAGUCCACAUUCGACAUGAAGCGCUACCUGUCGAGCUCGGAGCGCGCCGGCCUCGCCGCGUCGCUGCACCUCACCGAGACGCAGGUCAAGAUCUGGUUCCAGAACCGCCGCAACAAGUGGAAGCGGCAGCUCGCCGCCGAGCUGGAGGCGGCCAACAUGGCGCACGCCGCCCAGCGCCUGGUGCGUGUGCCCAUCCUGUACCACGAGGCCGCAGCGGCGGCGGCGGCCGCCGCGGCACAGGGGGCGGGGCAGGCUGGUGGUGGCGCGGGUGUUGCUCCUCCAACCUCAUUACACCCACAUCCACACCCACACCAUCAUCACCACCACCACCUGGACGUGGCGACAUCUUCCGCCGCCACCACGGCAUCAUUCCCAACCCCGCUCUACUACCAUCACGCACACAGUCUGCCCGCCAGCCCCGUGGCCUCCAGGGCGCCUCUCUCCAGCUUGGUGUAG